GGUUGUCUGGGUGCAUUGGACGGUACUCACAUACCAGUACUUGUCCCUUUGGUCGACCAACCCAGAUAUAGGAAUCGAAAGGGUGAAUUGGCGGUUAAUAUUUUAGGUGUUUGUGAUCGCAAUGUAAACUUUAUAUAUGUGUUAUGUGGAUGGGAAGGUUCAGCAGCAGAUUGUCGGGUGUUCCGUGAUGCUGUCAGUAGGCCAAAUGGAUUGCGGAUUCCUGAAG